UGAAAGACCAAGAAUGAUGUGCUUUAGAGCAAAAAAGUCUAAAAACUCCUUUGAAGAAGACGAAUAUGAAGUAUAUAAAAGACAAUAUCGUGAGAAUACGAUCAGAAAAUCUGCAUCGCCACCACCACCACCAUUACCAUCACCACAGUUGCAACGAAUAACGCAAACAGCAGAUCGUCGGAGUCAAUCACCAGUUUCGACUACGCUUUCAACACCUUCACAGAGGUCACCACAAAAGCAACAAAAGAGUUUAUCAGACAGACCAAAUUCUGCUUUAAAAUCUGCUAGUCGAAGUAAAUUAAGUGAGAAGUCUGGUAGAUCACAGGCAAACUAUACGCCUGAAAAACCAAAGAAUUUAAUGACAAGAAACAGACAUCGUGAACUUCAAGAACAAAGCUAUACAAUCUUAAUGCGCUAUGGACGACCUGCUUACGACAAUCCUCUUCUCAAUUGUCAGUAAAAUCGUUGAUAAUGACUUAACUGCACUUCUUAAAGAUUAAUUAUUAUUUAAUUGAAGGAAAUCAUUUUUUCAGUUAACUGGAUAAACAGUAUUUAUGUUUAUUUUCUGUUCAUUUCAGUAUUAACUGCUAAUUACCAUUGAAUUUGUGAAAAGUUCAGUUAAUUGUGAA